GAGAGAGAGCCACAGUCUGAAUGAGGGCAGCUGCCGGCUGCGCUUUACCAAGUCAGCGGGAUCUCCCUGCAGUAGCCAAGCGCCUCGGAGUGAAACUCUCCAGUCAAUCAAUAGACUUCUGCUGCUUCUCCUCUCACUACCUAGUUGAUUGUCUCCUUUACCUCCAGGUCCCUGAUGGUCAGAAUAUAGCAAAAACAAAAUCAUUAAUCAUUAGCUGUUAACACUGAAAACUCCGAUGCCAAAUUGCCAAGUUUUUUGAGCGUGUCAAUAAAAAACUGAAUGCCAGAAGCUCAAACCCAGGGUUCCAAAUUUAGAAGGUGUUUUUUACAUCCUGGUUCAGUCUGUUCAUUGAAGAAAGGCAUCUAGGAUUGGGGAAACGAUGGAUGAUACUUACAGGGACAGGACUAUCCUGAUGAGGGGUGCGAAAGACAUUGCCCAGGAAGUUAAGAGGCAAACAGCGAAGAAAGCCAACAAAGGAGCAGAUCACACACAUGACGAAUACAACCAGACAUCUUAUGCCAAUUUUCAAAAUGAUGAACAUUACAACUACCGUGGAGAGAGUUAUGGAGAGGAACCUCAUGAAGAUGAAGGAUCAAGUGAUGCUACCGAAGGCCACGAUGAAGAGGAUGAAAUCUAUGAAGGUGAAUACCAGGGAAUCCCAGAUAUGGGCCAAAGGAAGGAAAACCAACUAGCCAUAGGACAGCCUGUCUCAGAUGAGUACAAGGAUCGCGAGGAACUGGAUGCUGAGAGGAGGGCUGAUGAGGAGGAGCUGGCACAACAGUACGAGGUGAUCAUUCAGGAGUGUGGGCAUGGCCGCUUCCAGUGGGCACUGUUCUUUGUGCUUGGAUUGUCUCUCAUGGCUGACGGUGUGGAGGUGUUUGUGGUGGGCUUUGUCCUGCCAAGUGCCGAAACAGAUAUGUGCGUAGAAAACUCCACUACAGGAUGGCUGGGAUGUAUAGUGUACCUUGGGAUGAUGUUGGGGGCCUUUUUCUGGGGUGGUCUAGCAGACAAGAUUGGCCGACGCCAAUCCCUCAUCAUUUGUAUGUCCAUCAAUGGUUUCUUCGCCUUUCUUUCAUCCUUCGUCCAGGGCUAUGGGCUCUUCCUCUUCUGCCGAUUCUUCGCUGGAUUUGGGAUUGGAGGAGCAGUUCCAGUUGUGUUUUCCUAUUUUGCUGAAGUCUUGGCCCGGGAGAAGCGUGGUGAACACCUGAGUUGGCUCUGCAUGUUCUGGAUGAUCGGAGGGAUCUAUGCAUCUGCCAUGGCUUGGGCCAUUAUUCCUCAUUAUGGUUGGAGUUUCAGUAUGGGCUCUGCAUACCAAUUCCAUAGCUGGCGGGUCUUUGUCGUUGUCUGCGCUCUUCCCUGUGUCUCGUCUGUUGUCGCACUCACCUUUAUGCCUGAAAGUCCCAGGUUCCUGCUGGAGGUGGGGAAACAUGAUGAGGCCUGGAUGAUUCUGAAGCAAAUUCAUGACACCAACAUGAGAGCACGGGGACAGCCUGAGAAAGUAUUCACUGUCAAUAGAAUCAAGACUCCAAAACUGAUUGAUGAAUUGAUAGAGAUACAGACAGACACGGGCACAUGGUAUAUGAGAUGGUUUGUUCGGAUCAAGACUGAACUGUAUGCCAUUUGGAUGACUUUCAUGCGAUGUUUUGACUAUCCAGUGAAGAAAAACACCAUUAUGCUGAUUAUAGUUUGGACAACUUUGUCAUUUGGCUAUUAUGGUCUCUCUGUCUGGUUCCCUGAUGUCAUCAAACACCUUCAAGCUGACGAGUAUGCAUCCCGAGUGAAAAGGUUUUAUGGCGAAAGAGUUGUGGAUUUUGUGUUCAACUUUACUUUGGAAAACCAGAUCCAUACAAAUGGAGAAUACAUCAGGGACAGGUUUACUAUUAUGAAGUUUAAAGCAGUAACUUUUGAAGAUUCCCUCUUUAAGAACUGCUAUUUUGAAGAUGUCACGUCAUUAACUACAUAUUUUAGGAACUGCACAUUUAAUGAAACUUUAUUCUAUAAUACAGAUCUCGAGAUGUCUAAAUUCAUUGAUUGCCAGUUCAUCAAUACCACAUUUCUUCACAAUAAAAAAGGCUGCCAGAUUAACUUCGAUGAGGACUACAGCGCAUACUGGAUCUAUUUUGUGAACUUCCUAGGUACACUAGCAGUAUUGCCAGGCAACAUUGUAUCUGCACUCCUCAUGGACAGAAUUGGCCGCUUGACAAUGUUAGGUGGAUCCAUGGUUCUGUCAGGGAUCAGCUGUUUUUUCCUAUGGUUUGGGACCAGUGAAGCUAUGAUGAUUGGGAUGCUCUGCCUAUACAACGGUCUGACCAUUUCAGCCUGGAACUCCCUUGAUGUGAUCACUGUAGAACUCUUGCCAACUAACAGGAGAGCAACAGGAUUUGGGUUCUUGAAUGCCCUGUGUAAGGCAGCAACUGUACUCGGAAAUCUCAUUUUUGGCUCUUUGGUUGGUAUAACCAAAGCAAUUCCCAUCCUGCUGGCAUCCACUAUCCUCGUCUGUGGAGGCCUCAUGGGACUCCGACUUCCUGAUACAAGAAACCAGGUUCUCAUGUGA